GCCCCGCACAUCUCUGCAUCCGGACGCCGGACCGGAUCGCAGCGCUGUCCGCCCGCCCGGGAUCCAGCGGAACAGACUCGGAACACCGCGGGAGGAGGAGAGAGCCUCCAUAGCAACACGACCGGUAGGUCCCUCCCUCUGUCGGCGGAUCCGGUCCGUCCGGUUUCACCGGUCCAGGCUUCGGGACCACGUGAUGCAUGUGGCACGUUUAACGUGGUUCCUCAUUCUGGCCUCUGCAGGAGACUUAAUUCCAAACGUCUCCUGCGCGAUUUGACUGCUGAACAUGAAUAAUGUGCACAUGCAGAUGCUGCAGGAGGCGGAUGGAGUCGGUCCAUUGUCCCCGUCGCACAUGUCGCCAGUAGAGCCGUGUGGUUACCAUCUGUUUUCCUUGUGUCAGUGACAGAACCGAACCAUCCCCAUCUUCAGGUGUGCAGCCCGAACGUCACCGCGAGGGCACGCUCAGAUCCUCCGCCACCGCUCCGCCUGCAGCUCCGCCUGCAGCUCCGGAUUAAAGCAUGAAUUCAGCGGCUGUACGCGGAGAAAGGUUCUGCUCGUAGUGUUAAAAGGAAUACCGCUGGGUUGAAGCCCCCAGAGGGUCACUGGACCACGUCCGCUACCUUUUCACCGGCAUUCAACCCACCAGGACCACGGACCUUCUUCUGCUCCUGGACCUGGGAUUAUAAAAACCUCUGGGUACCAGAGAAAAGCGGGAUAAGUUAGUGGUAGUCGGAAGAUGUGUCCCGUGUAGCGUUUCGAAUCGCAGCCGCACCGGAACCGGCCCUCACCAUGUCGCUGAGCAAGACCCUCGAACUGGAGCACUUCGACGAACGCGACAAGGUCCGCCGGGGUCGCUCCACCCGCACCAAGAGGGACGACUCUGCCGCCGGGUCCGGGCCCAGCUCCCGGGGCAGCAGCUUGGUGCCGAGCCCCGCCCACAGCGCCAACUGCAGCUACUACCGCACCCGGACCCUGCAGGCGCUCACCUCGGAGAAGCGGGCCAAGAAGGUCCGCUUCUAUCGCAACGGGGACCGGUACUUCAAGGGGCUGGUGUACGCCGUCUCCGGGGACCGGUUCCGCUCCUACGACGCGCUGCUGAUGAAGCUCACGCGCUCUCUGGCCGACAACCUGGCACCUGCCGCAGGUGGUGAGGAACCAUCCUACACCGUAGACGGCGGCAAGAAGAUCUUCGCUCUCUCGCUCUGCUCAGGCGAGUCCUACGUCUGUGCCUCCAACGAGCCUUACCGAAAGGUCGACUACACCAAGAUCUCCACCCAGAGCUGGAAGCCGGGCGCCGGGGCCGCGACCUCGGGCCGGCCCUCCACGGCGUCCGCGGGCGUGUCGGCGACCCCCGCCGCCGCCUCCACCAGAGAUCGCCCGGAGGGCCGCGAGGGCAAAGACUUCAUCAAGCCCAAACUGGUGACGGUGAUCCGCAGCGGCGUGAAGCCCCGCAAGGCGGUGAGGAUCCUCCUGAACAAGAAGACGGCGCACUCCUUCCAUCAGGUGCUGGCCGACAUCACGGCGGCCAUCAAGCUGGACUCCGGGGCCGUGAAGAGGCUGUACACGCUGGAUGGGAAACAGCUGACCUCUCUGCAGGACUUCUUCGGGGAUGAUGACGUGUUCAUGGCGUGUGGACCAGAGAAGUUUCGUUACGCUCAAGACGACUUUGUGCUCACACAGAGCAGCAAGUCACCGGCUUUUGUUAGCGAAUGCAGAGUCAAGGCUCCUCGCCCCGCCGUCCCUCCCAAAACUACAACUCCCAAGACCCCUAGCGGCUCCAGCCUGUCGUCCACUAAGACUCCACCCAAAGGCCUCUGCAGGACCAAGUCCCCCGGCCCCGCCAAUGAGACGUCAGGAUCGCAGUCAGCUGGGAAGUCGUCCAGGUCAAGCCCCUCCCCCACCAGCCCCGGGACACCAUGCAGCCUCAAGGUUUCUCCUCGUCGAGCUUCAUCCACAGACGUGAAAGGAGAGGCGGAGCCUACCGACGCCGACGUGCUGGAAGGUGUGUGUGUGUGUGUGUGUGUGUGUGCGUGUGGUGAGGAGUGUGUUGAGAAGUCGACGGGACACGAGUACGCGCUGAAGAUCAUUGAUAAAGCGCGUUGCUGUGGGAAGGAGCACCUGAUAGAGAACGAGGUGGCGGUGCUGAGGAGGGUUCGUCAUCCCAGCAUCAUCCAGCUGAUCGAGGUGGACGAAACGCCCAGUCAGCUGUUCCUGGUGAUGGAGCUCGUUAAGGGCGGCGACCUUUUCGACGCCAUCACCUCGUCCACCAAGUACAGCGAGCGGGACUCCAGCGCGAUGGUGUUCAACCUGUCGGGAGCCGUGAAGUACCUCCACCGCAUGAACAUCGUGCACCGGGACAUCAAGCCGGAGAACCUGCUGGUGUGCGAGUACCGUGACGGCACCAAGUCUCUGAAGCUGGGCGACUUCGGCCUGGCGACGGUGGUGGAGGGGCCCCUCUACACCGUCUGCGGCACGCCCACCUACGUCGCCCCGGAGAUCAUCGCCGAGACCGGCUACGGUCUGAAGGUGGACAUCUGGGCGGCCGGAGUGAUCACCUACAUCCUGCUGUGUGGCUUCCCUCCCUUCAGAAGUGAGAACAACGUCCAGGAGGAGCUGUUCGACCAGAUCCUCAGAGGGAAGCUGGAGUUUCCGUCUCCGGACUGGGACACCAUCAGCCUCCCGGCUAAGAUGCUGAUCAGCCAGAUGGUGCAGGUGAACGUGGACGCUCGAUUUACAGCUGAGGAGGUCCUGUCCCACCCUUGGUUGACGGACGAGGCUCCGCUGGAUCCAAUCGCCAGUGGAGACGCACUGGAUCCAGAGUUGGAAUCGCCAACGCUGGAAACCAGACCGGUUCCUUCUCCUCUGGUUUAAAGCAAGGAGGUCUUCCAUCAACUGGAAACAAAACAACUUUGAUCCACCUGAAAGCCCCACAAAAAGGUCUUCCCACUUGUGAUCCAGAUUCUCCCAGAAGACCAAACCAGUACCCCUUAAAUCUGAACCAGAACAACCAAGUUACCUGUAAUCUGGUCUAGGAUCCGGAGAUGCAACACGUUCCCUCAACGUCUACAAAUCGCCCCGUUCUUUCACUUCAAAAUGAAGGAGUUUCCCCUCCUUCUCCCUGCAGGAAACAUCUGUUCAUCCACCGGAACCCAACUGAGCUUUCUCUUUCCUAGAAAGUGGAAACCAUCAAGGUCAUAGAAGGUCUUCUUCUCAAAUGGGACAAAAACAGAGUUUGUCCCGUUUCAUCAACUUGAGAUUCACCAAAUACCUUUUCUCCCUUUAACCAAACAAGUAUCCUUAUCUUCUACUGGAACCCUGUGGAAUAGUACUGGAAUAAGUUCCCCCCAUGAGGCCCAGAACCCCGUUUCCUCCCCUGCAGACCCAACGAGUCCGGUCUAAAGCUCCUCUUCAUGGUCCAUUUUUAUCCACUCAACCUUCUACAGGUAACCGUCCGCGCCCUCUGAAGACUUUCACAAGCUGCUGCCCGGCUGCUGUCCCGGAGAGUGACAUCUCACAUCUACGCCUGGCGGCUCCAGGGACCGGCCCUUGACCAGUGCCCCCCCCCCCCCCCCCCGCCGCCGCCGCCGCCGCUCGGCGAGCAGGAUGUCUUCCAUUCCUUCCGGCUGUCCUCGCGCUGGCCGGAGGACGAUUCUCCUCCUUCUUCCUUCACGUGGAGACGUUUGAGGACUGUGCCUGUUUACGCUGAUGACCCCCCCUUAGUGUCCUUCGUACCCCCACAGGUCUCUCCUCAUCGCUGCUGUUUUGUGUUUCUCGCUAACACACCUUGACGGAUUUCAAAGCGACGUCUGACGUUGAUAUAAACCGUCGUUCCCUGUAGAAGCUGAUUAAACCAUCAGAUUUACAUCUUUCAGCGUCUCCGUGGACUCGAUGGACUCAGCAGAGACUUCCUGUCCCCGUCCACGUCCUCGGCCUUCGUACUGUGACUCAAACGCACCGAGCGACGUCUAAACCUCACAAUAAAAAACAAAAACAUUUAACUACCUUUAAAGGUUUUAGCUGUGACCGAAGGAAAGGGGGCGUGUUUUAGCCCAAGCCCCGCCUCCUGCUCCCAACAGAAUACGCUGUAAAUACUGUGAGCGUGUGUGUGAUUCAGUUGUAGGGAACCGUAGCAGUGUUGAACAAAGAUUAAAUGAAAAGAGACGCGACGUCUCGGCAUCCUUCAAAAACCUUGUUUUUAACAAAAGAGAUUAAUAUCGCAUUUUGCAAAAGUACAUUAUUGUACUUUUUACUUUACAUCCCAUUUAACCGCUGACAAACACGACUCAAGUUAUCAUUGAUUUCCGGUUCCCAAAAGACACUAAAAUGAAUUAUUUUGACAUUUUAAUAAUUGUGACAUCACAUCCUCACUUUUAUGUUCCGGUGAUGAAGAGUUGCAGCUUAAUAUAAAACAGUUAAAAACAAUAAUACACGAGUAACCUUAUUAGAAUAAAUAAAUAUAUCUAAAUAAAAAACAAGGUUUCUGAGGCUGUGUAGACAAACUGUGAGGAAGGAGUUCAAAGGUAAACGUUGCCUAGCAACAAAAAGUCGCAACGUUCAACCGCCAUCCAUCAAUCAUGUCGCUGCAUCCACACAGGACCAAAGUCCAUUUAGUGGUGGUCAGUGUGUGUGUGUGUGUGUGUGUGUGCGUGUGUGUGUGUGCAUGUGUGUGUGUGUGUGCAUGUGUGUGUGUGUGUGUGGUUCUCAGUGAGUGUUUAGUGUGUCCAGAUCAAAAGAAACUAAAAAAACGAAUGUUAUCUGAGUAAACGUGACCUCGCCGUGACCUUUGACCUUUCCAUGGCCUCUUUUUUGCCGCCGCCUGUUAAGAGUUCGGGGAGAAUCCUAUAAAACGUGUUGACAGUCAGACGUUAAGAUCUUUGUUUAACUGCGAUUGGUCUGAAGAUUAGUGGGCGUCGUCUUGUUUAAAGGGACAGUUCACCCCAAAGAACGUCUUCCUGUUCAGCGGAGGAGACGCGUCGGACGGAGGGAUGGUCCCCGGGACCACACCCACUUCCUGUCACCCGCUCACGGGACGACCUCGACUUUGGAAAGAGCAACGAUGCUGGAAAGUGGCAGAAGGUCGUAGCGUUCCUCCCCCUCCGCCUGACCCUCCACCGGCCUUCCUCCCCCUCCGCCUGCUUCCAGCCCGUAGUCUUAAUUCUCUCCUCAGUACCGAACCCGGAGGAGCCUCGUGUCGGUGAGCGCGGCCGGCGAGCGGCGCCCGACACGUGUUUGAUAAACUUCCGAUUUGGUGUCUUUGGACAUUUGCAUAUCCUGCAUUAGCAUUUCUGUGGUUUCUGCCAACGUUCAGUUCCUUUUAUUACCCGCAGACGUCGUCAGAGAUCUGACACACGAGAGUUGAAACAAACUGCGGCCGAUUGAACCCCGGGUGAGUUUCAGAGACGUUUUCCAACUCAACCGUAACGUAAUCGGUCAAUCUGUGACCUUUCCUCCCAGAGGUCAUCUGUCCAGGAACCAUCUCGUCUCCUGGUUUUGAUUGAAUAUGUUUUUAUAAAGGUUGAAUUCAUUGGGACUCCCAGGAGUCAGUAGACUUUGUGUUUCUCAUCAUGCCUCAUCUCAUCAGACGGGAACUGAGUCUUUUUUAUGAAGUAGAGAAGUUAGGACUGAGCUUCUUUCCCUGAGAGCAUCUCUGCAGUCGACUUCCGUCCAGCUCAGAUUGAUGAAACUUGUUUUUAGGACAGAUCGAAUUCCUCAAACGAGAAACUUUGAACAUUUAAACCCGGUUAUCUCGUCCCAUUUAGGAAUCUCAAUCAGCUGUUUGACGCAAGAUGCUUUAAGGAAAACGAAGGUAGAGCAGAAGAUAGAAGAGACGCGUUUUAAUGCAAACGACGAUCCGUGUCCAUAUGAAACAUGCACGCGGUAUAAAAGGUGCACACGGUAUGAGACAUGUAUGUGUUGUGAUGUACGCUGGGAUCGACUGUGAAAAUAAAAGCUGGUGCAGUGCAGAGUUCUUC